UGGUGGUGAAAGGGCCAAAGGGCUCGCCGUCGAUCUGACCUCAUAGAGGCUGGGCAACGUCACGACCACUGACUGACGCCCUGGGGGAAUCUGCGUCCUGCGCCGACUUCUAAGGGAACUGUGCCGACAUAGGUUGUCAAUCCCCAAUGCAAGAACAGGGUAUACCAAGCCUUAUCGCGGACCUAUGUCGCAGCGUCAAGGCGUCGAUGUCAAAGAGUCUGGGUGGAAAUGAAAUGAAUGGAGUCAGCCUGAAAGAUUUAAAGAGCCGGGCAUUUGCUCUGCUUCUUGGGCAGACCCAAACAGGUGGCCUGAAUAGAGCAGUUGAGGUGUGUGAUCCUGCCAUGGGACUGAAAAUGUGGCCCGCUGUGGAUGUACUCCAGGCAAAGCUAUUCGAAGUGACCCUGUCUGGAAGGAAAGACGCAUCUGCGAAACUGAAACAGUGCUUUGCGCAGCUAUGUACAUCAGGUUCAAAAGGAAUGCAGUCAUGUGUCCAGUUCUUGGUACUCUUAUCAGAAGACUCCAAAAGAAAUUCCACUGAUGUCAUACUUCAUGACAAGUUAUUUGACCUUCAUCAGAACUUCCACUCCCAAAAUGAUAGCACUUGGUAUACAGAAUAUUCCAGUGAUAUGUUUCAAGGCAUGGAGAGAUUGUCACACCAUGGCUUCACGCACCUUCUUAGUGUCUUUGAAACAGUGCCGGGAUUUGAUACCAGUGGAAAUCAGCUUUUUACGUCCUUUGGUGGUGGUGGUGAAGCACACAACUUGCCUUGGAGCUGCUCCAACCUAAGUCUUCCAACAUUAUCCCCUUUAACAAAGAUAGCUCGGUAUCGGAUGAGGCACAGAAUUGAGCAGGCCCAGCCUAACAGGACACCUAAGACGUCGUCUAACAAGCCCCAGGAAACAUUUCCAACGGGUGUCUUACCUAGCGCUCCCAGCACAUGUGUGGAAAGCAGAGUUUUGCUCCAGCACGUGCUCUACCUACUGGCGGGCAUUCCUUCAGAAUCUUUUCUCUGGGACAAGGUUAGGUUUGUCUCUCGUCGAGGUCUCUACACCAAGGGCUUGUCGGAGCAGGCACUCCGCAAUGCACUGGCAGAGUUCCUGGAGUGUGGGACAGAUGUUCAUUAUCUGGUGGAGUGGAGCAAAGAACGGGGAGAACAUGGAGGUCUUGUCUUGGCAGCAUUUCGUGGCGGCAUCAGGAGGUACCUUCACUCGUACCAUGGUGUACUUCUCUGCAUUACACACAACUUGGACAAGGUGACACUUCUGCGCAUGAGACACCUUACAGCUGACAUACAGGAGCAGAUGAGAUUUGUGGCCAGUUUCUGCAGAGAAGUGCUUCACUUUAACACCAGGGGUACGACGGUUAGAGGAUCAGAAUUGUUGGCACGAUUGUACUGGGUGGCGGCUACAGGAUGGUGCCGUAGCCAUUAUACCCUGCUUUUACAAUUGCUCCAUUAUGCUUCAGAGCCAUACUGCAGGUUCCUGCAGAAUUGGCUAUUUCGUGGGCAAUACAGUGAUCCAUUCCAAGAGUUCCCUAUCUGCAUGGAUAAGUGCCUCACUAGCAUACAUGAUGAAACCUUUUGGCUGAAAGGCUUCACACUACGGCCAUCCCAGGGACUGCCAUUUCUGUCACACCUCAGUGAGAAAGUUCUUCUUUGCGUCAAGACCGUAACCCUCCUGUGGUUGUGUCAGCCUCAAAAAACAGCACUGUGGAGCGAUGAUUCAGCACCUAUGGUCACCCUGACUUUCUCUAGGGAAUUAUCCAGGAAUAUAAGAGAAGCAUCAAGGAGCUAUGUCAGUAAAAAAUGGAAUGAAGUGGUGGGUUGCAGCAGUAAGGACAACGUAACAUGCAACCCAGAUCGAGGACUGCACCCAACUGAAACUACCACAAAAGCAGAAAAGAACCCAGGUACCGGUACAGGGAAAGGGACAUCAACAAGUGAUGACAGCAGUCGGAAAGAUAGGUUACAGAAUGCAAAUGAAAGGACGACAAUAUGCAUGAAGCAUUCAGAGACAUCCUUAGAUACUGAGCUCAAGUACAAAGUGCAGCCUGAUGAGACCUUCAAGUAUGGAGAGUGUGAUGGCAGAGCAAAUGAAGAGGAAAACAGCCAGCAAAGUAGUAACCAAGUAAUAAGCGGGUGGAGUUUGAAACCCCUACCCCUGCUGGGUUCGCUCCCAGAACCAUGCACCUCAUGGGAAAGCUAUGCCAUCUCCGAUUAUUGCACAGACAUUUCCAGGUCAGAGGAGAUGUUGCUACCUUUGGAUGGAGCCUUAGAGGCAGCCCCACUUGUGGACCUUGUUGAGCAGUCUCUGCUUCCACCUCUCGAAGCCCAAAUGCACCUGGUGAACAGAGCUGCUGUGGACUAUUUUUUGCACAAGCUCGAGCUACCGAGUCACCUACAAGCAAUAGGAGACUUUUUCUGCCUGCAGGAUGGAGAUUUUGCUCAAACACUCUGCUCAGGCAUCUGUGAAAGGAUAACGACGUCUCAAGCUCCUUCUGACCUUCUGAAUCGUUCCACACUGGGCAGCAUUCUCUCAGAUGCUCUGGCUGCAUCACCACGGGGCAAUUCACUCCAUGUUCGUCACCUUGCCAUGGAUGCUCGUAACAUCCCAGAAUCCUUUUCUUCAGGUGAUAAUGUGCUGAGCAGCAUCCUCCUGAGCUAUGAGGUGCAGUGGCCCCUUAAUCUGGUGAUAACUGACAGUUCCUUGCAACGGUACAACAAGGUCUUCCACUUCUUGCUCCAAAUUCAGAGAGCUCAUUGGGCUUUGGCUGAUGUAUGGUUUCGCAUCCGGCCCUGCGCAACAAAAGCAAGUAAUUACAGUGGCCCUCAGUUGAGGAAGCUACACGUAAUACGGCACGAGAUGGAGAAUUUUGUGCAGCAGCUGGCAUCCUAUGUCAACAGUCAAGCAGUGGAGGUAACUCUGAGGGAGCUACAAGACAGUCUCUACAGUAAAGUGCAAACAUUGGAUGACAUUCGGCAAGCACACACCACGUGUGUCUCCAGACUGGGACGCCGCUGCCUGCUUGUCAAACGAGCUGCCCCAAUCGCAAGGGUCCUGCACAGAGUGCUGAAUUGCAUUAUGCAGCUGCGCACUUGCGUGGUGGGGCAGCCUUGGGUAUCUGGAGACCAGGGGGCAUUUGAACAGGUGCUGCGUAUUCACGGCCAGUUUAGGGGUGAAACAGGAAUGCUUUCCCAAGCACUCAAGUGGUGGGGAACAUCUGCAUCGCUCCCUUGGUGUACAAGGCUUUCCUCUGUGAUUGCUCACGGAGAAAAUUUUAUGGCAAGUGCGGUGGGCUAGAAGAAAAUAUUGCAGCUUAACUAACUUGUAUCUAUUUAUGUGAAUACAGUAUCUUUUGAACAUAAAAGCUGUGUGGAAGCGAGCUGGUACAUGCUUGACGUUGACAACAUUUCCCUGAGCUUGGGAAAAAGACAAAUGGAUUGAACUCGGAACAUAAGCCGUUUGUCUUUUCCCCAAGGUCAGGGACAUGGUGUUAAUGUCAAUAUACUUUGUUAUUUACUAAGCAUGAAGGCACGGUACACUUUCAUCAAACAUAAGGGGUCACAGCCAUUGGCUUUCAUAUGGAACUACAAGCAUGCCAUCCAAGAUGGUUCAAGUCAUUUUUGUCACUCGUUUUGUGAAACCUACAUAUAACGAUAUUGGCGGUAAUUGCAAAUUCUAUCAUUAUACGGGGUACGUCGUUAAAGGAGGAUUGACCUAAAUAGCGCGUCCCUGAAAAGUCGCACGCCACCCCGCAUGUAGCAAAAGAAACAGAAACAUAUGCUAAAAAGCUGCGAAGCUGUGUGACAUCGCACUUGCUUGGGAAAACAGUGACCAGAACUCGUAGAGGAAACCAGGGAACAUAUCACAACAACUUCUGGCAACAUUACACACCAUUCACCAGUCACCAUUCAGCAAGUCUACGUCACCUAACGCCUGCUUGCUUUAGGAGAUGCUUGGUUUAGAACGCUGUCGCGUGGCUUUUGCACGGGCCUUUUGAAUCAUCGCGCAAAUUUGAAUAGCAUUGGCCAAAUAUGGAGACAUAAAACCGUUACCACUGACCUCUUUCACUGACAGUAUUGGAAUAUGAACAGUCGCUGUCUAUUUUCUUGCCUCAAUUUCUAUUUUGGUUUAAUUCUUUUGAUACGAAUUUCGGAUGAUACGCAUUUUUUCCUCUACCCCGUGAGAUUCGUAUCGUCGAGAUUCUACUGUAUCUUAUUGCGGCGAUUUUUGCUGCAAAGUUACACGCACGAGACAGUGUCCACAAUCAUUAUACGAGUACUCUGAACCGUGGUCUCCAUCGCUGUAAGCAAGUCGUUUCCCCAUAGAAGCAAUGUAUAUUUUGACGGAAAAAUCAUAAACCAUUGUUUUACGAGGGAUAUCGUUAUACGAGUUAUUGUUAUCCGGGUAUUAUACUGUACUGCCCGACGUCGAUGGUCUUGGUGAUGUAAAGUCACUUACCGUGAGCAGCUUCAUUUUUCUUUCUGUGUCUAUAAAGUCUAAAACGCUUUGCAGCAGUGAGUGCCACAUUUUUAGCCUGCUCUUUCCUGUAUGUCACGUUUUCUUCAUUUUUAAAAAAAUACUAUUGUUGUCUCAUAUACGUAUGCCGCCAUUGUCAGGAAAUUUAUAUACUUCGGUGCACUAUUUUGUGUACAACUUUCAAAUGCAAAAUCCUUUUUUUUUAAUGCUGUUACGCGUACAGUUAGAGCUUGCCAAGACUAAACAUUUGACAUCCGAUUUGUUUUGCUGGCGACAUUUGUGCCCUGACCUGCGCAACACACUGCGGUCCCCCACAACAUUGCCGGUGACAUGUGCAUUGUCACAUGAAGCUUUUCACUCACUUCAUUCAUUCCAAAACAUUGAAUAGUUUUGAAAUUAUGAACGUUUAAAACUACUAUCAUUUUCAUAAUGCAUCCUUGCCGGUCACCGCACCCCACACAUGCUGGAAAGAAAGACUUGGUUCUACAUCAAACAGAUAUUUUUGAAUGUAAAAUAAGUACCCGUGAAUCUGUGAAUGAAUGUGCUUGGACAGUGUAGGAAGGGCAAAACUGAAAAGCAUUGUUUCAAGUGGCAAAGCUGCAACAAUGCCAAGCACUGUGAAGGUCAUGAGUGCUCCCCUGUUUGAGAAUUGAACAUGCACCGAUGCAGAAGACGAAAGUUCAAAGCGACACUCCAGCGCCAAAGAACUGUUGCCACAUAAUUUCUUAUGAAAUGACACUCAAAAUUGAUAUAUGUAGUACAAAGUACAGUAAACCCUUGUUAGAACGAUACCACUUUUUUUUUUAAUUAUCACUAUGUCCCAGCCGAAACACAAGUUUUGAACCAGAUUAUUCUGAGUGACCUUUGUGAUUUUUGCACAUGCUCAAACUUUGCAUCAAAUUGUGUGAUAUCACAUUAUCGUCUCAUAGUGUUGCCAGUGUUGCUGCAUGUACACUAUUUGUAGUAUAUUUGUUAUCAUACCUGUUAUGGGGUAUUAGUUAUUCUUAUUAAAAGAAAUAUUUGAAUUUA